CAAGAGACGUGUAAUUAUGAAGGGAAUACAUGCCGUAAUUGUGAUUUGUUGCUGGCAUCUGGUACAAGGAUAUUACCAAAUAGGGGUUAUUAGGGACACAUGUUUAGAAAAUGAGCUGUAUUCAACCGUCAUAAACUCUGUAUCAACUGGUAUCACCUACAAUCUCUGUAUUCCCUCACCAUAUAACGAAAAAUGUAGUUUUCAAGAUAUAACAGUGAUGGGAUGGCGAUGUCCUGGUAAUUCUUUCAUGGCUGGGAGAGUGCGGGGUUGUACAAUGGGAGUGAUGGGAUGCCCAACCAAUUCACCUUUCCCGGUAACUGGGAGAAUGCGAUGUUGUACAAAGGAAAGUUUGGAGAUUAAGAAAUGCAUUGUGGACCCUAAGAUCUACAACUUUGACGAAGACUUUGUAUCAGUUCCUCCCAAAGGGUUUUUUCUUAAAGGCCGAUUAAGUGUGGGAAACCCGAAAGCUCCAUUCGGUUAUAGAUUAGAAUUUUGUUCUGUGCAACCUCGACGACGUCAGUAUUGAUUUCAACCAUGAGUGCCAUCCAACAUCAGCACUAGUAAUCAACCUCCUCUUUGUGAUAUAACUUAGAGAGUGAUAACAAACUACA